UGGUUGUAAAUGACCUUGUCAAGGACCUAAGUGCGGUUGACAAACUCCGUUUCGCCGGUCGAAGUCGCCUUGAAUUCCUUGAAAAAUUGGCUUAAUUUGCAGUCGGCGAAGGGAUCUAUGCUUAUAAACUUGAGAUUCGCAUGACCAAUUCAUAACCUGUGAUUUCUAUGCUAAAUUCAUUGCUAUUGCGUCUUGUUUUCAUUCGAAAUUAUUGACAAAUGCGCACGAGGGACAUGGAGGACUAUUAGGACAUUAAUUUUUCAUUGCCUUCACCGUCAUUGCAUUCACUUAAUCCGCUUUCAUGUCAGAACAAUUACAAUAAUUAGUGCACAAAGUACAAAUUCCAAAUGGUUAAGUAAUUAUAUAAGACGAAUUGAGACAAGAUUAGAUAACAAGAUUGAUGGCAAUCAUUGUUAAUUCAAAGUAGCCAAAGUGAUGAUUCGGUACUUUUUUACGGAAGUAUUUCGCAAUUUCGGGGGCGAUAUCAAUCGUUGACUUGCUCUCGUCUGUCGCUUGCAUGUGCGAAGAACCGAGAACCGCGAUAUCAUCCAUAAGAUUGUUGUCGAUCGUCACCUCUUCGUACAAAGCGCGGCGGCGUCUUGUUUAAUUUCUCUAAUAUUUUGUCGCGUGCGACUGUUUUUCGAGUGCCUGUCAAUUGCCGUCGUGUCACACAAAGUUGUUGACUCAAAUGGUUCGAUUGGGAACAGCCAGGCCAUAUAGAAUCGCUGAAAAAAUAGAAAUCUAAUACGUUCUCCUAGUCGGCGCCAAAUCAGUAUCGGAACGGCAAGGUUAGGUUUAACCGCCACGGGUGAUUGUAUUAAUUGUAGCGAAAUGAAUCUGAAGGCGACGUUGGCCAUUGUAUUUGUUUUUGUUGGAUGUUGCAGCAAUGUUGUGUUCCUGGAGCUGCUUGUCAAGAACGAUCCAGGAUCCGGGAAUCUCAUCACAUUCCUUCAGUUCGCGUUUAUUGCGGUCGAAGGUUUCCUAUUCACAUCACGAUGUGGAACACGCAAGCCUCGAAUCGGACUCAAGGACUACUCAAUUCUGGUUCUAAUGUUCUUCGUUUCGUCCGUUUGCAACAAUUAUGCCUUUGACUUCAAUAUUCCUAUGCCGCUGCAUAUGAUCUUUCGAGCGGGUUCGUUAAUUGCCAACAUGAUAAUGGGCAUCUUAAUCCUGAAGAAACGUUACGAACUAUCAAAAUAUGUUUCUGUGCUAAUGAUAACGGCGGGCAUUGUCAUAUGCACAAUUGUUUCCGGAUCGGAUGUGCAAGAUACCAGCAAUCCAGACAUCCGGAAACCACAAGGCACGGAAAAGAGUCAAUUUUCAGUAUUCUUUUGGUGGACCCUAGGGAUCACCUUGCUCACUGUUGCGCUUUUCAUAUCAGCUCGAAUGGGAAUCUACCAAGAAGUACUCUACAAACGCUACGGCAAGCACCCGCGCGAGGCACUCUUCUACACGCAUCUCCUUCCCCUGCCGGGGUUCCUGCUACUCUAUCGGAACAUAAUCGAGCACAUUGAAAUCAGCUCAUUAAGCCCAGAGAUAACCGUACCCAUCCUGGGCGCUUCAAUGCCAUCCAGUUGGGUUUAUCUAAUUGGGAACGUCCUCACGCAAUAUAUUUGCAUUAGCCAAGUUUAUGUCCUUACAACGGAGUGUUCAUCAUUAACUGUUACGCUUGUUGUCACCCUACGGAAGUUUGUGUCGCUUCUAUUCUCAAUUGUUUAUUUUCGCAAUCCAUUUACAAUUUACCAUUGGAUAGGAACCCUUUUGGUAUUCACAGGAACAGUAAUUUUCACAGAAAUCAUACCAAGGAUACAAAAUGCCGUCUUUAGGACGAAGCAUACAAGCGUGACGGCAACAAACGCACAUGAUUUGAAAAAGAAACGAAGUUAAUCAAAUUGCAUCUCAUUUGUGACGAUGAAGGGGAGCAAAAGGAGAGAAGAAGGUGGAUAUUAGGCUAAUUGAAAUUGGAAUACUUUGGUUAAAAGCAUAUAUACAUACAAAACUCAAUAAAAUUAUAAGAAAAGUUAAAA